AGCGUAGGAGGCGCGGCGAGACCUUCCGGGCGCCGCUCCCCUCCUGACUGCGGCUUCCCCGCGGCGGCGGCAGGCUCAGCGCGCCAUGGACCGGCCAGCGGCGGCGGCGGCGGGUGGCGAGGGCGCUGGGGGUCCGGGCCCGGGACCGGCUGGCGGCUGGAGGCCGCCUCGGGUGGCGGGGGGCCCUGCCGCUGGCUCCCGGCAGCCCAGCAUGGAGACCUUGGACAGUCCUACAGGAUCACAUGUUGAAUGGUGUAAACAGCUUAUAGCUGCUACAAUUUCUAGUCAGAUUUCAGGUUCAGUGACAUCAGAAAAUGUAUCCCGAGAUUACAAGGUUUUCAGGAGGCCUGAUAUAAGGAGUGUUCAUAGAGCACGACAAAGAUUGGAGAUUCAGGAAGAACACAAUGGCUACCCUUCUGAAGCUGAAGCUGAUCAGGUGGCUCUAAGGGAUGGAAAUAAGCUGGCACAGAUGGAAGAAGCACCGCUCUUCCCAGGAGAAUCAAUCAAAGCCAUUGUGAAAGAUGUCAUGUAUAUCUGCCCAUUUAUGGGAGCUGUGAGUGGAACACUGACGGUGACGGACUUUAAGAUGUACUUCAAAAAUGUAGAGAGGGACCCACAUUUCAUCCUUGAUGUUCCCCUGGGAGUGAUCAGCAGAGUUGAGAAGAUUGGGGUGCAGAGCCACGGGGACAAUUCUUGUGGUAUAGAGAUCGUGUGCAAGGAUAUGAGGAACUUGCGACUUGCUUAUAAACAGGAAGAACAGAGUAAACUGGGGAUAUUUGAAAACCUCAACAAACAUGCAUUUCCUCUUUCCAAUGGGCAGAUGCUCUUUGCAUACAACUAUAAAGAAAAAUUUCCGAUUAAUGGAUGGAAAGUUUAUGAUCCAGUAGCUGAAUAUAAGAGACAGGGCUUGCCAAAUGAGAGUUGGAAAAUAUCCAAAGUCAACAGUAAUUAUGAGCUCUGUGACACCUACCCUGCCAUCAUCGUUGUGCCAACUAGUGUAAAAGACGAUGACCUUUCAAAAGUGGCAGCCUUUCGAGCAAAAGGCAGAGUUCCCGUGUUGUCAUGGAUUCAUCCAGAAAGUCAGGCAACGAUCACUCGUUGCAGCCAGCCACUUGUGGGUCCCAAUGACAAACGAUGCAAAGAAGAUGAAAAAUACUUGCAGACAAUAAUGGAUGCUAAUGCACAGUCUCACAAACUUAUCAUCUUCGAUGCCCGGCAAAACAGUGUCGCCGAUACCAACAAGGCAAAGGGUGGAGGAUAUGAAAGUGAAAGUGCUUACCCAAAUGCGGAACUCGUGUUUUUGGAGAUCCACAACAUUCAUGUGAUGAGAGAGUCACUACGCAAAUUAAAAGAGAUCGUGUACCCUUCAAUCGAUGAGGCACGGUGGCUAUCCAAUGUGGAUGGGACCCAUUGGCUGGAGUACAUAAGGAUGCUUCUCGCUGGGGCAGUAAGAAUUGCUGAUAAAAUAGAAUCUGGGAAAACCUCAGUGGUGGUGCACUGCAGCGACGGUUGGGACCGAACAGCCCAGCUGACGUCUCUGGCUAUGCUGAUGCUGGACAGUUAUUACCGCACCAUUAAAGGAUUCGAGGCUCUCAUAGAAAAGGAAUGGAUCAGUUUUGGACAUAGGUUUGCACUGCGAGUGGGCCAUGGCAAUGACAACCAUGCAGAUGCUGACCGGUCCCCAAUAUUUCUUCAGUUCAUCGAUUGUGUUUGGCAAAUGAUAAGACAGUUCCCUUCAGCGUUCGAGUUUAAUGAACUAUUCUUGAUUACAAUCUUGGAUCACCUUUAUAGCUGUCUCUUUGGGACUUUUUUGUGCAACUGUGAACAGCAGCGAUUCAAAGAGGAUGUAUAUACGAAGACUAUAUCUUUAUGGUCUUACAUCAAUAGCCAGCUCGAUGAGUUCUCUAAUCCCUUCUUUGUGAAUUAUGAAAACCACGUCUUAUAUCCUGUUGCAAGUCUGAGUCAUUUGGAAUUAUGGGUAAACUAUUAUGUGCGAUGGAAUCCACGAAUGAGACCUCAGAUGCCGAUUCAUCAGAAUCUCAAGGAGCUGCUGGCCGUCAGGGCAGAGCUGCAGAAAAGAGUGGAGGACCUGCAGCGGGAGGUGGCCACGCGCGCCUCGUCCCCAUCUGAGCGGGGUUCUUCCCCUUCCCACUCGAUCACACCCGUGCACACCUCAGUCUGACCAGCUCCAGACACGGCAGUUCCGGUGAGUCCAGCCAUCAAGGCCAUCCUGCGGCUCCUCUGCUGUCCCUGGUGACUCAGGCAAGGGUCCUGCGACCCAUUUCGGCUAUCGCUUGUGAUCUUGUCUUUUAGGAUUAGGCCCAGUUCCCUCCGCGUCUGGGUGGCACUUCCAGCCAGUGACCAUGUGUGCGGCUAGGUGACAGCUCCUACUGUCAUCUAUGCUUUGUUUUGUGAACACCCCGUUUCCCUCCUGUCGGGUUUCUCAGGGUGGCUGUGUGUCCCGUUGACCUGCCUUUUGAUCGCCGGGCAGCUUGGGAGAAGCCAUAGUGAAUGGAACGCAGUGCUUAGGUUCAAGAAGUCCUCGUACCAUUCAUUUCUUUCUAAGGUAGACCAUCAUUAAAACAAACACCGUCACUUAGAGACUUCGUUGCCAGCCAUGUGGGUUCUUUCAGCUCUUUCCUGUAACUUGAAACCUUUGAAAAUUAACUAUUUGGGGGUGGGGGUAGACAGAGCAUUGCCCUCUGUUCUAGAGUUCUCUUCAUGCACGGGGGCCCCUGUACCAAUUACUGUUGUGUACAUAUAAGGUAUUUUUAAAUAAGAGAAACAUGCCUUUAUUUUCCUAUGUCCUUUUUUAUGUUCAGACUAGUCACCCAAGGAGGUAUCUGCUUAACUGGACUGUAGGAGAAAAUUCUCUUCAAACAAAGCCCAUGCUAACUUUUAUGUGGUACAUUUGAAACAUGAUUGGAAUAUGGUCCCUUAAAUGGCAGUGUGUUCUGUCCUCACCUAGUUCGGUAUUGCCUACUGAGGUGGCCCAGGCCAUUGGUGGCAAUAGCAGUGGUUUUUCUCAGCAUGACACUGCAGACAGAAAACCAAGGCCUCAGGCAGCUCUGCGCAGGUGCUGGCCUCCCCGUGGGCUCCUUCAGGGAACUGUCCACAGCUCCUGGCCUGUCUGACCUUGCAGCCUCCCGCCCAUUUAUGUCAGAGUGAGUCCGCUCUCUCUUGUCACCUGCCUGUCUGAAAUCUCUCAUUUUAUUGAAAUCCCUUCAAUUCAGUUUAUUCAUGUGACUUCAUAUCAAAAUAUUUAAGCAACUACUGUGCUGUCGCUUCAGUUGCCAAAAGCAUAGCAAGGACACCUCUUGGUUUGCUCAUCUCAGAGCCAACCUUCACCAGCCAGGCCUCUCCUCCCGGUUUUGCGCCUUCACUCACUGACUUGGGGCUCUGGGACUCCACCAGUAUGGGCAGGAACUGAUUUACAAUCAACUGGUCCAUCCACUAGCACUAAAGCUCUGAGCUCCUGUGUGUGGCGUAUCACACAAUCUUGCACAUUUGCGCCUGCCCCAGCACGUCCCGCCCCUGCCCAGGUCUGCCACUGGGACCCCAUCCCUGCUAGAAUUAAGGCAGCCUUUCGAGGCGGGGGCCUCUCACAGGGUCAGACCUAAGUACAGCAGCAUUGGAAUAUCUGGUUGGUUUCAAAUUACUGGGUGCCAUGCAAAGCCCUACAGAUUGACCUUAUUUUUGAAAAUAUAUUCUUUAAAAAAGGUUUUUUACAGUCAAAUACUUAGAGAAUAGAUGUUUUUUCAACGUGGAACUUUCUGAUUAUUCUAGUAAAUGAUCCGGUAUCCAUAAGGUAUCAAAAGUACUUCUUCAAAGUCAUUUGAUCACCUAAGAUGAAGUCUCCAUUUUUAUCAGCUGGGGAUUUGUUUCUAAAUCAUAGUUUGAUUGAUGUUAGCUUUUGAUUUAUGCUCCCAACAUAUCUGAAAGCUUAUUUAUGAAUGGAAAACCUUAUUAUGCAUUGAUACAUUUUUUUAAAUGAGGACAUUUCCCAUUUUUAAACCCCCUUAAUCCCCUAGCUGCACCUAGACUAUUAAACUGGGUGUGCCCUGGAGUAUGCUAUUGACAGAAGCAGAGUGGGCUUAUUCUUGCUGAGCUCAGCUAGCCUGGUGCUGGGGCGGGGCUGCCCUGCCCUCCCCUGCAUGCUGGGCCCCAGCAAGUCCCAUUCAAUUUGCAAGCAGCACAACAGACCACUUUUCUUUGUAUGUUCCUAGCACAGAUCUGUUUCUAAAACAACUUGAAGUAUAGUUUUGUUACCUAAACAAUUCUUUUUUUUUUUUCGGUUUUAUUUAAGUGUAUUAGAAUGUACAACCUUUACAGUUCAGAUUUUUUAAAACUGGUACAGUAUCGUAUUUGCCUCGUCUGAUGCACUAUAUUUCAAUCUAAUUAAAGUGAUAAUGUUUGC